CCAGACGUCAAACGUGAAGCUUCGAACAUCAAAUCUCGUGACCCAUAAUCUUGCAAAAAUCUGGCCCCUAAGAGCUCAUUGCGAUAGCUGCUGACAUGGGUAGAACAGGCUUCCAGGUACCCCCGCGUGGGCCGGGAGACCCGGAUCCUUGUCAAACUACGUAGCGCACCAGGAGCGCGAUCUGCUAAUUUCCAAACAACACAUCUGCAUCGGUGGGCAGAUUUUGUUUACCUCAACGUUACAUCCAUUAUUUACUUGACCUGGCGUUUGGGUUCUCCGACUCUCCGGCUGUCCAUUCGUUACCCAUUCUUUGAAUUCCUGCAUUCGUCUCAAGUCACACCAGCGCUAUGGCACAAGCGGAAGCCACGGCAGAUCUCAACAUCGUGACACGGAUCUUGCAUCAUUACACGGAAAUAGUUGAACGAUAUCGUCACCAGCGAAGCUUGGAGUGUCCUGUUGAGCUUCUAGAAGUUGGACAUUCGCUGCUACCGGCCAUAUCUGUCAACCGUCUCUGGGCUGAUGCCGCAAUAGCCAUUCUUUGGAAGCAACACCCUGAUCUCUCGGCACUCAAAUGGAUGCAACAUGACCGCCGAAAAGUCUAUGCAAGCAAAGUCGAGCAGCUGCAGCUCUCCGACCUACAAGACGAAAACGACAAUGAGUAUGAGUACCUCAGAGGCCUCGAAUGGCCACGGCUGAAGAGCUUGGGUCUGCAUAUCGAUUGGCAGCUCUACCAACACAAUAUCCGAGAGUUACUGCAUGCAGAUCUUGAAAGUUUGGCAGUCACUGGUACGCAAUCUGGGGGGUCAUCCUACGUUGCGCAGGUAACACUGCCAGCGUUGCUCGGCCCCUGCCAGAAGUUGAAGCGCAUUACGUUUGGACCUGACACCUUCAGUCCUGAGGAUCCGAUUCACGCCAGCGUCUUUGCGUACCAUCUUGACGCGUUGCCCAAGCUCGAGGAUGUCGAUGUCUUAAUGAGUGGCAUUGUCGGCAAAGACCUCUUGUUUGGUCAUCUCAGCAAACGUCACGGCUUGAGAUCCCUGGCCAUCGAUCUCGAUCCUGGGUUGCGGACCUUACCUUUGUUCUCUGGUCUGACUGCGCUGCACAAACCAUUCAUGAGCCUCGAGCGUCUGCAAAUCGUAUGCGAUCCAGAAAUUGCGCUCGCUCUUCCCGCCCAUCUGUUCACUCUGAAAGAGUUGCGACUUGCUAUCGAACGCCAGUCGAGCGAAGAACUCCGCCUUUCCGACCUCACCAUCUUGGACGAUGUUGUGACCUCGCUACUCGUGUGUCCCAAUCUGGAGUUAUUGGAAGUCAAUGUUGGCAACCUUGCAGCGGGCUUUCCAACGGCACAGCUGAAUCUGCCGGUAGGUGGUGCGGUUUUGGUCAAACUAGCUGCCUGCUGUCCGCGACUUCGCAACAUCGACCUUGCGGGCCUUGAUCCUUCUUCCAUCGAUGGCUCGGGCAUAUCCAGUAUGCACUUUGAAGACUUUUGCAAAGGACUGCCAAAUCUUGAAGAGCUAAGCUUGAAGUUACACCCCACUACGGCCACAAUACUGCAAACAACUGCGCUACCAAGCCUGGCAAGACACUGUCCAAGGCUCGAAGUGUUGCGCAUGGGCAUUCCUCUCCAACUUUUAAACUUGCCCCUGUAUGGUGGAGUAUCCCAGCCAGCUCCCCACGAUAUUAUCACACCUGCUCAGACCAAGUUCGACCAGAGAUCAGACUCCCCUCAAGCAAUGACGAGUACUACGAAGCUCGUCACAGCCAUUGAUACACCUUCAGCAAGCCCGUCUACCUCCUCUUCCCCGUUGUUCCCUAAUAUGUUAGCACUUUCUUUCGCCCGCCCCGAAACAAUCCUCAGCAAAGGCAACAACGUUUGUCUCUCUGCGGAAGAUGACCUGAUCCACGCUUGGUCACAAACCCUCUUCACACAUUUUCCUCUUCUCGAACAAUUAGAAGCAUGGGGAGACUUUACCGGCCGCGACAACCGCUCCAUGUCAUAUAUCCUGCCCAUGGAGGACAUUCUCGAAGCCACGUGGGAGUUUCUGAGCGGCGUCGAGCAAUCGCUCUGGCAAGAUGGAGAUGAUGGGGGAGAAGCAGACGUGUUCAGUCCGGCCUCGUUCGAGCAGGAUGCGCAUGCAUUGAGUCCUGGUGUGCUCAGCCCGGGCCCGUUCGAGAGAUUGGUGGUGAGCGAUUGGGAGAUGGCAAGUCAGAUGGAAGAAUUCCGGGCGCAGUGAGGGUGACACGAGAGAUCGCGAAGCAAGAUCGUCAAAGCAGAGAGCGGCCUAGCGGGUGUCAGCAUUUUCGUCGAGCCCAGAGAUGAUUCACUGGGGAGCCCGGAGGCUGAAAGUACUUACGAUAACGGUGACAGUCUACCUUCGCCAGUUGUAUGUCCUCCAGUAC